AUGGAGGCUACAGUAGUUGGGUGGGCAGGUUUUAUCCUACAUAGUAAGCUUAAUUUGCUUCGAGAGGCUUUGAGAAAGUGGAACAGAGAAGUAUUUGGGGAUGUCCCUACUAAGCUUAAGUCAGUAGAGGAGGAAUUACAUAAGCUUGACCUGCUAGCAGAAACAAGAGAUUUAGAGGAGAUUGAGAAGGCAAGAAGAAAAGAAGUAUUAAGUGAGGCUUGGAAGUUAAGUAGAACGGUUGAAUGGAUGUGGCUUCAAAAGGCUAGACUUGACUGGGCACUGAAGGGUGAUAAGAACACAAGGUUUUUUCAUAUCAUGGCUACUAGUAGACAGAGCAGAAAUGGGCUAAAUUCAGUAACUGUGGGAGGUAUGGUGUAUGAAGAUCCUGUGAAAGUCAAACAAGAGGUAUGCUUGCACUUCAUCAGGCAUUUUUCAGAGGAAUGGAAAUGCAGACAAUCAUUAGAGGGUGUUUUCAAAACAGUAAGGAGUAGUCAAGCAUUUGAAUUGCUUGAAUCAGAAUUUUCAAAGGAUGAAAUCUGGAUAGCCAUCAAAAAUUGUGAAGGAAACAAGGCUCCAGGACCCGAUGGGUUUAAUCUUUUAUGUUACCAGAAGCAUUAG